GCGUGCGUCCCGGCUCGACGCGGGUGCCCUGCGGGCGCUCGCGCACCGAGUGUGCGUAAGGGGCGAGCUGGACGCACACCCGUGCCCGCGGGGCCCGCCGGCCAGGAGAAAAGCGGACUGCCCCGCGGUACGCAGGCUGCUUAUCCGCCGCCUCUGUGAGCGGUGAGCCGGCCUUCCCGCUCGCCGGGCUCUCUGAGACCAUCACCCAAGGUCCCAGCCUGGAGCCGGUGCUGACCCGGUGCCGACCCCUCAGACCGACGCACACAUAGUGCAGCAGGUAACAAGAUGGAGUUUUCUGGAGUAAAACGGAGAAAACCGAGGUUGGCAGAUGACCAGAGGAAUGCUUGCUACCCACAUAGCCUUCAGUUUUACUUGCAGCCACCUUCUGGAAACGUAUCUUUGACAGAAUUUGAAACGUUGGCUAUCGAUAGAGUUAAAUUGCUAAAAUCAGUUGAGAAUCUUGGUGUGAGCUACGUGAAGGGAACUGAACAGUAUCAGAGUAAGCUGGAGGCUGAGCUUCGGAAGCUCAAAUUUUCCUACAGAGAAAGCUUGGAAGAUGAAUACGAACCUCGGAGAAAAGAUCACAUUUCUCACUUUAUUUUGCGCCUUGCUUACUGCCAGUCUGAAGAUCUUAGGCGCUGGUUUAUUCAACAAGAAAUGGAUCUCCUUCGAUUUCGAUUCAGUAUUUUACCCAAGGACAAAAUUCAGAGUUUCUUAAAGGAUAGCCAUUUACAGUUUGAGGCUAUAAGUGAUGAGGAAAAGGCUCUCCGAGAACAGGAUAUUCUGGCUUCAUCACACAGUUUUGGUGGGACUCAGGUGGAGCUGGAGUCAGUCUAUAAGAUCCCUUUUGCUGAAGCUCUGGAUUUAUUCCGAGGAAGGAAAGUCUAUUUGGAAAAUGGCUUUGCUUAUGUACCACACAAGGAUAUUGUGGCGAUCAUCCUGAAUGAGUUUAGAACCAAACUGUCUAAGGCUUUGGCUUUAACAGCCAGGUCCUUGCCUGCUGUGCAGUCCGACGAGAGACUCCAGCCUCUGCUCAACCACCUCAGUCAUUCCUAUACCGGUCAAGACUACAGUACACAGGGCAAUGUUGGCAAGAUUUCUUUAGAUCAGAUCGAUUCGCUUUCUACCAAAUCCUUCCCACCCUGCAUGCGUCAGUUACAUAAAGCCCUGCGGGAAAAUCACCAUCUCCGUCAUGGGGGCCGCAUGCAGUAUGGCCUCUUCCUUAAAGGCAUUGGCCUAACCUUGGAACAGGCAUUGCAGUUCUGGAAGCAAGAAUUUAUCAGAGGGAAGAUGGAUCCAGACAAGUUUGAUAAAGGCUACUCUUACAACAUCCGCCACAGCUACGGAAAGGAAGGCAAGAGGACAGACUACACACCUUACAGCUGCAUGAAGAUCAUCCUCACCAAUACCCCAGGCCAAGGGGAUUAUCACGGGUGCCCGUUCCGACACAGCGACCCCGAGCUGCUGAGGCAGAAGCUGCAGGCCUACAAGAUCCCUGCCGCAGGGCUCAGCCAGAUUUUGGAUUUAGUAAAAGGGACACAUUACCAGGUAGCCUGUCAGAAGUUCUUUGAGAUGACACAUAAUGUGGAUGAUUGUGGCUUUUCUUUGAGUCAUCCAAACCAGUUCUUUUUUGAGAGCCAGCGGAUCCUCAGUGGAGGUAAAGACAUCAAGAAGGAGUCUGUCCAACCUGAAACGCCCCAACCCAGACCGAGUGUCCAGAGAAGCAAGGAUUCGUCCUCCGCUUUGGACUCACUCAGCUCCGCUCUGGACAUGGAUCUGGAGGAGCUGGAGGAGUUGCUUCAGUGAAUGAUUCCUGGGCAGUUGGUAGCCCAUUUUCUUCACUGGCUUUUAUUUCCAACUUCACGAUUUUGCCUUUUUCGUCACCUUCUCCCUCUGCCCUACCUCCUUCAUCCAUCCACAUGUGCAUGCUUCUCAGGAAGGCAGGCUUGCAGGUAAAAACAAAGACCUCCAGUGUAUUUUGCUUUGUCAAAAGAGAAGAGGAAGUAUUUCUUUUGAAAUCUAACACUUGAAUGAUGUGACUUAAGUUCUUUUUUAGGAGAGAAAGCAGCCUUCUGCGCUGGUUACUGUCCCCUAGAAACAAUACAACUGAGAACAGCUUUUAGUUUAACACUUAUCACUGUAAUGUUGGCUCAGACCUUUUCUGGACCAUCUUUGUUAAUAAAUAUCAAAAUGUAUAUAAUUGUAUGUCUGCAUAUAAUUGUGAGACUCAUAUUAUGCCUUUGGAUACUAUAUAUAUUCAAUGUAUUGCCAAAUUUUAAACUU